AUGGGUGCCAUUGACUCUGCUUUGGAUGUUUGGAAUGGAAAGACCGAGUUGGCGAUUGACCCCGAGACCCCCGAAGAUCUUGAACGCAAACUGAGAGAGGGUGUGGAACUUGCCAGUAACAAAUUAAGUCAAUCGGGAACUACUAGUACAGAGAUUGGCUGUGAUGAUUCUGGGCGAAAAAAGUGUGCAACGUUGGGCGGAGCUGUUCUUCAUUGCUAUCGCGGGAAAUCAACAAAUCGAGCUCGAAAAUGGAAGCGGUCGUAUCAGGAACUACAUGUACGAACAAGAUCCCACAGGAGAGCUGAGCUCUUUGACGAGUUGGUCAAGUUUGACAAAGAUUGCCCCAAGAUCACGUUGCGGAAUUCAAGUCAAGGAAACACGGGCAGACCCCAGGCAUCCGCCCCUUGA